CAAAUAUUGUCUUCUCUACUCGGGUACUCCUAUCUCCUCCAACCUCGCACAUUGGUGACGUCAGCAAUGGCGACGCCGUUAAAUCUAUCAAUUGCUUCUCCUUGUUACAAAAAAGUCUCGUCGUUUCAGCUUUUUCCUCAGAGAAACUUAACUUUUAAACCUGUAACUUCAGCUCUAUCAAGCUCCUAUGGCGAUUCUUCGUUAAUUGGAUUUUCGAGUAGAACAAGUAAAUCGCCACUAAAGCUUGACCAGAGUGAUAUUUACUCUACUCCAAGUAAUGGUGUGAUAGAAGCCAAAAAGGGAAACCCACCCGUAAUGCCAGCUGUCAUGACUCCGGGGGGACCUUUGGACCUUUCCACGGUUUUGUUCAGAAAUCGGAUAAUCUUCAUUGGGCAGCCAAUUAAUUCACAGGUGGCUCAGAGAGUAAUAUCACAACUAGUGACUUUGGCAACGAUCGAUGAAGAAUCAGAUAUUUUGAUAUACCUGAACUGCCCGGGUGGGAGUACCUACUCUGUCUUGGCAAUAUAUGACUGCAUGUCCUGGAUAAAGCCCAAGGUUGGUACGGUAUGUUUUGGAGUAGCUGCGAGCCAAGGUGCACUUCUUCUUGCUGGUGGAGAAAAAGGGAUGCGGUAUUCCAUGCCAAAUUCCCGUAUUAUGAUACAUCAACCCCAAAGUGGGUGCGGGGGUCAUGUGGAAGAUGUUAGACGCCAAGUGAAUGAAGCGGUUCAAUCUCGUCAUAAAAUCGACAAAAUGUACUCUGCCUUUACCGGUCAGUCUCUUGAGAAAGUGCAGCAAUACACCGAGAGAGACCGGUUCUUGUCCGUUUCUGAGGCUAUGGAGUUUGGUCUCAUUGACGGAGUUCUUGAAACAGAGUAUUAAAUCUAGAGGCAUAUUGGAAGGCAGCUCUAUCCAUAAAAUGGCAUUCUAUAGUCUAUAUCAACAUGUUCGCAUUUUACGCCAAUUCCACCUUAUUAGCAAAUCCAGCAUUUGAUAAGUGUAUUAAAUCUCUGAGGCACUGUCAGUGUCAUAAUGUAAAAGAACUGUCAUCUGAAUGCAUAGUCGGAAAGUAGUGCUUUUUAUUCAUCGCAUCAAAA